CGACCUCUGCCUCAAGACGAGAAGGUCCACUCCAGCUCCCCUCAGCCUUCAGCAUCCUCACUCAACCCUCGCGCCAUCUCAACGCCUCAUAUCCGCUAUAUAUGGUCCAAUGCCCCUGGAUGGCGUCAUCGUCUCCGCCUGGCUCUCUGACGUCCAGGCUGCUUCAUCACGCAAGCGGCCCCGGAACCCAGUCCCGCGUCAACCAAGAAAGCGACGGGCGCUUUUCGAGGUUGCGGGGAACAUGAAUAUGGAACCGGAAAGUCCAUUAAAGAGCCUAGCGAGAAGAAGAAGUCCGAGGAAGUGCGUAGACGCCCCGAAGGAUACAACGAGGGGGAGGCAGGCGCGGGAGGAGAGAGCAUCAGGAGAAGCUCCACUGCCCGAGGGUAAAAGAGGUCGCACCGCUGGCUGUGAUACCGCGCUCGACAACCUCACGCACCCAAUUUUGUCGCCGUCAUCAUCUUCACAGUACACCGUGGCAAUCUCAGCGAAUACUGCGUCCGUCGAACAGGCACCCUGGGACGUUGGGAGCGCGGGCCAGAAGUCGAAAAGCUCUGGGCGACGUCCUCCAAGCCCUACAAAGACGGUGAGCGACAUGGAAAUGCUGGAUAAACCUUUCCGAUAUUGUUUCCACGACAAGGACGAGCAUCCGCUUCCACCAGAAAUUAGCUCUCACUGGGAGGUGUUGGAGACACUGUGCAGCAAUGUUGGAAUCAUUCCCGCAGCCAUCAAAGUAUGUUGCCAGCCCCUUCGCUGCAGUAAUUAACCACGCUGACGUUAUUUCCCCAGACCAAUCUGGCGCGACAGGAACGUGUGUUCCCUCACAUGGUGGCCGCGCCAGAUACCCGAAACCCCACU